AUGGCCGACGUGGUAAGUGUCGGCGUUAACUUGGAUGCCUUUUCUCACGCUAUAAGCGGGAUCCAGGCGCUCCGCUCCAGCGUCAGCCGCGUCUUCGAGUCCCUCAAAGAUGGCAUGAAGAAUCGCGAGACGCUGGAAGGCCGAGAGAAGACAUUCCUCGCCGUCUUCCAGGACAACCUGCAAGCUGUCAACCGAGACCUCAAUGAAUUGGAGCGCCUCAGCGGUUUGGUGGGCCGCCCCUCUGAGUCACACCCUUUACACAACAGUGGCCUGCUCAGUCUGGAUCCAGUUCAGGACAAGACACCGCUGUACUCGCAGCUGCUACAGGCCUACAAGUGGUCCAACAAGCUGCAAUACCACGCCGGCCUGGCGUCCAGUUUGCUGAACCAGCAGUCGCUCAAGCGCUCGGCCAAUCAGAUGGGCGCCUCGGCCAAGCGCCGCCCUAAAGUGCAGCCCAACACUCUGGUCCUCCCCCCGCAGUACGUGGACGACGUGAUCUCGCGCAUCGACCGAAUGUUCCCCGACAUGAGCAUCGAACUCUUCAGACCCAACGGAUCGUCCGCGGUGCUGCUG